AAGUUCAUAGUAUAUUAGUGAUAAGUGCUGAGGUGGAAAAAAAAAAGUUCAUAAUAUAUUAGUGAUAAGUGCUGUGGUGAAAAAAAAAAAGAGAAUUUCAUAGUAUAUUAGUGAUAAGUGCUGUGGGAGAAGGAAAUAGGAAUGUCCUAGGGCUGAAGGGCUAAAGCAGUUCUGUGUAGGAUUGUCAGAGACUUAUUUUUGAACUCGCUGUAAGACUGAGAAAUCACUUAGUCCUUCCUGAAACCACUAAGAAGAAAAAUGUCCGUGACACUGCAUACAGAUGUAGGUGAUAUUAAAAUUGAAGUCUUCUGUGAGAGGACACCCAAAACAUGUGAGAAUUUCUUGGCUCUUUGUGCCAGUAAUUACUACAAUGGCUGUAUAUUUCAUAGGAAUAUCAAGGGUUUCAUGGUUCAAACAGGAGAUCCAACAGGAACUGGAAGAGGAGGCAACAGUAUCUGGGGCAAGAAGUUUGAGGAUGAAUACAGUGAAUAUCUUAAGCACAAUGUUAGAGGUGUUGUAUCUAUGGCUAAUAAUGGCCCGAACACCAAUGGAUCUCAGUUCUUCAUCACCUAUGGCAAACAGCCACAUUUGGACAUGAAAUACACUGUAUUUGGAAAGGUAAUAGAUGGUCUGGAAACUCUAGAUGAGCUGGAGAAGUUGCCAGUAAAUGAGAAGACAUACCGACCUCUUAAUGAUGUACACAUUAAGGACAUAACUAUUCAUGCCAACCCAUUUGCUCAGUAGCUAUGAUAGGCCUGGACAAAUAACUUGACAAAUUGCUGGAACACACUUAUUGUGGUUUACCCGGUUUUAAUUAUGUCAGAGAUUGCAUCAUCCUUCUGCUUGUUUACAACUAUGAUCUUCUAUGAAAUGGUGGUACCAAGGGGCGCCCAACAGCUUUUAUCCCCAUUCUUAGAGCAUAUUCUUUAUUAUAAUGAUUAUCCAACAUAUUUCUUUAAUUUUAAUACAAAAAAUACAUCAUUUAAUUUUUGUUACAUAUAAACAUUCAUUUUUAAAUGCUGAGCCUCAAGUGCAGGCAUUUUUGAGUGGCCUGAUUACAUAUUCCUCCCACAGCAAGUCCGUAUCCUGGAAGUGUUAUUUUAUAAUAAAAUUAAAAAUGUUUUAAAGAAUUAAAUCGUAGGACAAAUUAAUUAAAAUAUUGUGUAAAAUUA